UAAAGUUUGUCACUACUGAGAAUGCAGCCUACCUGUGCGCCAAAACAUCGAUAUUGCAGAUGAAGAAAAUCAGAUGAAAUAUGAUGAGGAUAUUAUUUUUCUCUGCGCAUUUUUCGACGAAGGGAAGCUGAGCUGAGCCAAAGUUUCUCCAACAGAGGUGCCUUCAUUCCAAAAAGAAAAUAACAACAGCAACAAGGACGAACAGGUUUUUUCAAUGCACCACCUUCCCACCAUGUGUUAAUCUUCUCUGCGUUACCAAAAAGAGAGUGAACAACACUUUGAGCUGCUGACCUCAUCAACAGUCCUGCACCUGCAACAGCUGCUCACAUGGCCCACCCUUACGAGCCCUGGCUACGGACAGCACCACCUAGUGGCAGCUCAGAAGACAUGAACAUCCCCUCUUGGUGGGACCUCCACAGGGACGUCCAAUCAGGGAGCUGGAUAGACCUCCAGACAGGGCAAGGUGUCGGCUUGCCUUCAGUGAGUCCAGGGAGCUCCAUGGGGUUGCAGCCCUCUUUAGGACCCUACGGUUCUGACCCGCAGCUGUGCUCCCUGCCUCCAGCUCAGCACGCUCCAGCUUCGCACUCAUCUCACCUCUUCCCCCAGGAUGGCUUCAAGAUGGAGCCACUGGCUCCUGAAAUGCUGCAGCAAGAACCGUACUCCCUGGAGGAACCACAGGAGAGUGCUGUCUCAGCCCGCCCAAAGCCCCAGCGGCGCUCCUCUUCCAGAGGUGCCGGCCAGGCAGUGUGCCGCUGCCCUAACUGCGUCCAUGCUGAACAGCUGGGCACUGACGACAGCAGGAGGAAACACAUGCACAACUGCCACAUCCCUGGCUGUGGCAAAGCCUACGCCAAGACCUCCCAUCUGAAGGCUCACCUACGCUGGCACAGCGGGGACCGGCCGUUUGUCUGCAACUGGCUCUUCUGUGGCAAGAGAUUCACUCGCUCUGAUGAACUGCAGCGCCACCUACAGACGCACACUGGCGCCAAGAAGUUUAGCUGCGCAUUAUGUCCUAGAGUGUUUAUGCGCAAUGACCACCUGGCCAAGCACAUGCGCACACAUGAGUCCCCACCAGGACACGGGGAGGAGAGGGUAAAUGGAGACGGGAGGAUGGAUAAGGGCUUUGAUUCACCAACACCUCCUCAGUCAUCCUCAAACGUGUCUGCGUCUGACGCCACAGAGCCACCGCUGAAGCUGAAAUGUGAGACAGACCCCUCAGUCUCCAGUGUAACAGGGCAGUCCGGCUAAUUUCAUCACUUUCAGAAGAAUUUUUUGCAGUUUACCAUCUGUUGCUCUUUCUGAGGUGUCAUAGUUUUACAAUAGAGUAGAGAAUAGAAGGUUAAAAUUGAAAUAAAAGGUUUGGACAAAUGUUCACUGAUGAGAGCUGGAUGGAACAGAAAGUGUUCUUCUGUGGUUCUAUGAAUUUAUCAACUGGGCUCAGUGAUCAUCUAAAUGUCAUAGCACACAGAAAAAGGUUUUACUCUUUGUUUAAUAAAAGGGAAUGGUGGCUUAGGACGCAACUGAGCUGAAGCUACAGCUUGUUGCUGGACUUCCACUGCUGCUAGAGCAGAUCAAGAGACUGGGAUGAGUUUAACUGAAGGUGGCUUGUUAACUUGUUUACAAUGAAAUUAAUCCAAUGUGUUACUGGAAGAGUUGGGGAAAUGUUUGCAAUAUGGAGAAAUUUUCUUUUUGUUUCAGACUAUCACCAUAUGUGUGUAGCCUACUGUGCAAGUUGUGACAAGACACUGGAAUAUAAUAUUACAUUUUCUAAUUUUAAAAGGUCAGUAGCCAUUCAGGUGAGUGACAGUUCAUGCCACAAAACUGGGUGUGUGUAUGUUGGUAUGUAAUGAAAGUACAAGAGACGGUAAUGCUGUACCAUGGCAACGUGCUGUGUUUCUCCACAAUGAGAGCUGGAGUGAUGUUGAUGUGAU